CAUAAUCAGAAAUUACCGGAAGAGCUUAUCACCUUCAUCCAACAUGCGAUCCAUCCCAUCUAACCUCAGCUAUUUGUUUCUCCACCUAUUUGCGUUUUGCUACUAUGCUCAGGUAACCAAUCAGUCCCCGCCUAAUUUCACGCAGCAUGUAAGCGAGCAGAGCAAAGUGACGGACCGAGUGAGCCGCAGGUUGAUCCGGACCUACCAGCUGUACAGCCGGACCAGCGGCAAGCAUGUGCAGGUCCUGCCCAACAAAAAGAUCAACGCCAUGGCCGAGGAUGGAGACGUGCACGCUAAACUUAUUGUGGAAACUGACACAUUUGGGAGCCGAGUGCGCAUCAAAGGAGCUGAGACUGGUUUCUACAUCUGCAUGAACAAGAGGGGGAAACUCAUCGGCAAGAAAAAUGGACAAGGGCGGGAUUGUAUCUUCACUGAAAUUGUUCUGGAGAACAACUACACAGCCUUGAGAAAUGCCCGCUACGAAGGCUGGUACAUGGCCUUUACCCGCCGUGGUCGACCGCGGAAAGGCUCACGGACACGCCAGCACCAGCGUGAGGUCCAUUUCAUGAAGAGGCUGCCUAAGGGGCAGCAGCUCACCCACACAAGCCACCACCGACCUUUUGACUUCAUCGACUAUCCUUUCAGUCAAAGGACUAAACGUACUCGAUACUCCUUACAGCGCUGAGGAGAGGGAGGAAAACAGAAAAGACAGAGCAAGAAAGAGGAGAAACUGAGAGACUGACUAAAUUACUAGCAGCCAACACAGAGACAUGUUUUAUAUUGAGCAUUAUUAUAUCUUAAUAAGUAGUUUGUUCUCUAUUUUUCUUGAAGUAAAAAAAAAAAAAAACUGUACAUAGAUUUAAAAAAACCACAAAAAAAAAACAGAAGAAAUCUAUUUUUGUACUCUAGACUUUUAGUUGUGACUUGUAUAAAAAAAAACUAAA